UCCCGGCGGCCGCAGUCACAGCAGAUGUCUCCUACACUGUCCCCUCUGUCACCCAUUACUCAGGCCGUGGCUAUGGAUGCAUUGUCUCUGGAGCAGCAGCUUCCCCCAUAUCCAUUUUUUACCCAGACAACUUCCCAGCAACAGCAGCAGACGCAGGUGGCGAGUACCCUGCCUCAGAACACUCCUUUAAUGCAGACCUCUGGCUUACAGCGAGGAGCACAGCUCCCCCCGCUCUCCGUCACGGUACCUUCUACCAUCCCACAGUCACCUCCGGGUAGCCAGACCCAGCCAUCCAUGGGGAUAGACAUCAACUCGGCUUCACUCCAGCAGUACCGCAGUAAUGCUGGAUCCCCAGCCAACCAGUCUCCCACCUCUCCUGUCUCCAAUCAAGGCUUCUCUCCUGGCAGCUCCCCUCAACAUUCUUCCAUUCUGGGGAGUGUAUUUGGUGACUCCUAUUAUGAUCAGCAGAUGACAGCUAGGCAGGCUAAUGCCCUAUCCCACCAGCUUGAACAGUUUAAUAUGAUCGAAAACGCCAUUAGUUCCAACAGCCUGUAUAGCCCCUGCUCCACCCUCAACUACUCCCAAGCAGCUAUGAUGGGGCUCACCGGCAGCCACGGCAGCCUGCAGGACUCACAGCAGCUCAAUUACUCCAGCCAUGGAAACAUCCCCAACAUCAUUCUUACAGUGACAGGAGAAUCCCCUCCCAGCUUAUCAAAAGAACUGACCAGCUCGUUGGCAGGAGUGGGAGACGUCAGCUUUGACACGGAUUCCCAGUUCCCUCUGGAUGAACUCAAAAUUGACCCUUUAACCUUGGAUGGACUGCACAUGCUGAACGACCCAGACAUGGUCCUCACUGACCCCGCCACAGAGGACACGUUCAGGAUGGACCGGCUGUGAAGCGCGGACACCAGGAGCGUGGGAAUGACGCUUGUUCCUGGAGCCCAGCCGAACUGGAGAGGCCAGCGGGUCAGUCGUGUGGGAACAGGAGCUGCUGAGAGCAGCAGCUCUGUCCUGUACAACAUGUACAAUGAGUAAAGCUUGUCGUUCUAAGCUUGCAGCGCUGCAGACCCCUACUCCCUGUCGCGCCGUAUUUCACCCCUUACCCGCUCAUUGCUGUGAAUGAGUAAGGAGUUUCCAUCAGCAGUUUCCUCUCCAGAGCCCCCCCC